AUGCAUCAUUUGGAAGAGAUUGAUGACAUAUCCUUACGCACUGUGGAAUACGUUGUGUGUUUGAUGAAGCCGAUUGCCUCUUUAGCAUGGCAUUUGUCGAGCAGUUGCACAGAAUCCUUGCUAAGCUGGGUGAGAAUCCUUGCUAAGCAGUUGCACGAGGAGGUUUUAAGAGAUAGAGAUGCUGCUAUGGCUAAAAUCAAUCAAGCGGUUGCAAAUGGUGGGACUGUUUAUGGUCAUUUUACCCAUAGAGCCAUAGAUUUACUUUCGGACAGAGGGGCGAUGAGUUGUCGCUUUGGCCUUUUUUCCGAGCGCUUGAAGGCAUUUAAGCCCAAGCAAACCAUACUGGAAGCUGAAGCGAGGCUGCAAUAUCGAAAAAUCUAAAGGAUCUUCUAGCAGUGUUAUCGAUGGUGGAUGAUGGGCACUGGCUGAAAGCCAAAAAAGGGUCAUAUUUCUAUGGCGGAUGGUGUAGCGAAAAAUGGCAAAAGUGAUGGCGGAGUCAACAAAUUUCAAACAAAAGAGGUAUUAGUUUCACAACAUAGCAACAUAUCAACAUGUUCAAAAUAACCAC